AAACCUUAUUUGAGGCUGGAAAUCGCGCUCGUCCAUGUUGAAGGUCCAACAACGUUUCUGUUGAUGUUUCGACUUGAUUCCUCUUGAGUCUUUCUGCUAGAAGGAUGUCGUUGCCAUAAGUGUUGCGUAUUUCUAAUUGCUGUACUUCUUUAUUUCCGAAUGCUUUUGUUUUUUAACCUCGAUUCGUGUCGUUCUAUCAAUAUACUUCGAUCCUGUCACGCCCGCAUCAAAGCACUCCUCGUUCACCACUCUCUUGCCUGAUAUAGGCACCAUACAUACAGUUCAGCCUCCCCACAGUUCUCCAAUAACCGUCUCACGCGCUCAAGGCCCCUCACUGUUCCUGUCACGUCACAGCUUAUUGCCCUCACGAGACUGCAUAGUGGGGUGUGGGUGGAUAUUGGAACUUAACCCUAAGUUACAUCGUCGGUUGUCCUUUUGGACGUCAGCCUCGCGGUCAAUAGUUGUCAGAUGUCUGAUUAACUCGUUUGAAUCGUUUGACGAUUCAAGUUGGGUGAAAAGAUGUUUGAUGUCCAGAGUGGAAUAAAGAUGAUUUACUAUGCGUUUUAAAGCGUCCAAAAGGAACACGUGUCAGUUUAUCUGCUGGACUUAAAACACUUGGAUCACCGAAGGGAUGGUCAGUCAAAUGCUCGAUCCGUUCUUUGGGAAAAGGAAAUGGGAUAUGGUUUGUGGGACAUGUCGGGCAUCCCUGUGUUUGGGAAUUGCCUUUGGGAGCCAUAGAACCUUUGGAUCACGCCGUUGCAUACACCUGUCGUUAUACCCGCUCUCAAAUUAGUAGCGGGCUUAUCUUUCCGUCUGUUGGAAGAGCAUUGAUCUUCGAACGCAACAAAUCCGUCCGAAGAAGGAUGGUUGCCUACACACCGACCACCACUGAUGCAUUUUGCGAGUCGAUUCUUGGGGAUCCACUUGCCGGAAUCGUUCCAUGUUGUCUGUUUACUAGAGUAACAUGGUUCGUAAGCAAGGUCAACAAGACGACAAGCAUAUGCGUGGUCGUCUUAACUGGUAGCUUUUCUAGAUUGCCGUUAAGAAUUCGCGCUUGUUGUCAUGUUCCGGUUGCCUUCUUUGCGUCCAUAGCGGUAUUAUAACCCCAGCCGAGACUGAGUGAUGUAUCGUUAGUGAAGACAAGAAAUUGUCCUCAACUAUUGAUUCCCAUUUUGGGACGUAUAACGUGUUGGUGUCCGUUGCUUUCCAUGGUUGGCUGUCCCGUACAUAUCCCGAACCUCUGACUGUGCCUCCACGGCCUGCCAGACCCCUACCAUCCACCCCAUUGCCCCAUUGUUCAAACUACUGCUUGUUGGCCUUUCACUGCGGCACUAGCCAUGAGUGUUAGCUUGUUCCCAAGCGUCCCGAUCCGCCGCGUUAGUCACCUCGCUGCAAGUCUAGCCUGCAGUCCUGAGUGAGUGCCGACAACUGGCUGCCUGCGAAGUUUCUUCAAGGGUGCCCAGAACCCUACCUACCGAUAGCUGGAAGGCAUUCCAUAUAGCGAGCGGAAGGAAAAAGCGGUUUUUGAGGAUGUCUUUUGUCCGCUUUCAAACGCCCUCCAGCUGCAUCUAGCUUUAUCUUCAGUGCAGUUGGAGAGGAAACAAAAACUAGUCUCUGAGGCUACUGUAUUACAAACAAGAGAGGCUCCGUCCCGGUCUCGAAAGAUUUCGGGGUUUGAAACGUCGAGUGUUGGGCUUGGAUACUUGGAUAUUAGGACAAAAACAGACAUCGAGGGAAACAAACGCAGAAUGGAGGAGAGCGAUUGUGAAUGAACUACACGGUGGAUUCGUCACUCCCUACGCAGCAGACAAGGAUAGGACGGGUUUCUUCAUCCUGGGAUCUUCAGAGCAUGCCGCAGGUAUGAGAAUUUUAGCUACGUUGCCGAACAGCCCAGCUGCCCCUUUCUAUUCGCCUAACGCCCAAGAGGAAUUUGACCAUCGCGAGCGAUCUACUGCAGUUACGACCUUUCAUUUUACGCCUCAAAACCCCGAAACUUUUCCGUUGGUUUCGUAAAUGUCCUGGCCUUGUUUCAUGUGCAAAAUUGCGGAUGGAUGGAAAUUCGGUUUGGAACGUGCACCAAGUCAGGACCUCUCUCGAGUGAGGAUCAAAGCUUAGGCUUGUCUGUAUUUGGUGUCUGCCCAUAUUCUUUUCCAUCUUCCAUGUCCCUUUUAGGCAUCAUGUUACAACGCGUUGGGCUAUUGGUUCCAGCGGAGGUGAACGGAUGAAGUGUUUGUGUUGGUCUAGCGUUUACCGGUGUGUUUAGCUCUACGUGGAUGGCUAGCAGCGGGGAGCGAGGGGGAUCCCUGGGCUAAGAAGGCAAAGCGAGCGAUAUUCCUCUGCAGUGGUAAUGCUUCCGGAAGUCCUUUUCCGUUCCCCGUUUGCAAGGGGAACGGCCAUAAUUUUUUUAUAAGUCUCCCAAUUCCCAACCAAGCUGCGAUUGAGCUAACUGCCGCUUAGGUCCUCUUUUAUUAUCUCCAGUCCGCCUCUAUGACCCUCUGAAUUUUCCUUAUGUAUAAUACUGGAUGCUCAGCGUUGUACUCGAUUGUUUGCUUGUUUUUUGCUUUUCGUUUUCAGUAAUACUACCCGAGCACGAAGCCAUGUUUCCGUUUUUCUUUUGUUGUUUAUCACUAUAGCCCUGCUCUAUUCUACGUGUAAUUCCUUUGUUGUCAGAAUGCGACUCUCGUUUCCUUCGCACGUUUCCCCAACAACAUACCUGCCAUCUACACCGCUCACGUCGAGUUCCCACCAUGUUGCUUGCCGCGACCUUGUUAUAUAUACAUGCCAAGCCGCUUCCUUCCCACAGCAGUUUCCUCAAUUACUGUUUUUGCUUUCAGAUGGACGAACACAAAAUGACGGAAAGAAUGUACCAGGUCGGCCGCUCUUAUACCAUGCUUGGGAAUUGGAAAGGGCGAUGUGAUAUAUAGGGGCCGCCUGUCUCAGCUCGUCCGUCAAUGCUCCUUCGGUUUGUUUGGCGUAUCGCGAUAAUGUAUUUUCCCGUUCUCUUUCCCCAGCUCGCUCUCGCUCGGUCCUCAGCCAUACUCGGUCAACAACAAGACUUUCGUUGACUCCACUCUCUUAUUUUUAGUACCCAAUUCAUUUAACUAUAUCGGUUGUAUUCACUGUUCAAAUAACUAUUCAAUUUGGUAUCUGUACUCCUUCAGCUUGUGUGAAGCCCUGUUUACCAACAACAAUCAUCACCAUGCGUUCUCGCCGCUGGGUGUGGGCUCUCCAUCUCAGUCUCGUCGUUCUCGCAUCCGCUGCCGCUCUUGAUGACGAGUUGGCUCACGAGACGGCCAAUAGAGGGAUAUUACCCAAAUUUCCGAUCGCCCUACCGCCAGCACAUGUUCCACCCCCAGGGUUUGGCGGGCUCCGCAAUACGCCCACACCAGGAUUGAAAAAACUUGACGCUCCUGAACGGAGGUGCGGUCCACAGUACGGAUCUUGUGAGGAUAGUUACUGCUGCUCACCAUCUGGUUAUUGUGGUAUUUCGAGAUACUAUUGUCAGGCUCCAGAUUGCUUGAUCGACUAUGGUAACGGCUGUGACGCGCUAAAAACGCCAGGUGGGGAUAGCACAUUAAACGUCGUUCGUGAUCAUGUUGGUCAAGUUCCGUAUGCCAACGAGCCGAUUUUCAACUGUAGAAUCCCCAACACAGUUGCGUUGACCUACGACGAUGGCCCAAAUAUCUAUACCCGUGAUCUACUCGAUAUGCUUGAUUCGUUCGGCGCGAAGGCUACCUUUUUCCUAACCGGAAUUAAUUCCAAUAAGGGAUCGAUAGACGAUCGGAAUUUUCCGUGGAGGGAAUUAAUAAACCGAAUGCUGAGAAGUGGUCAUCAAAUUGCUAGCCACACAUGGGCUCAUCAAGAUCUUGACGCUCUCUCUGCUAAUCAACGUCUCGACCAGAUGGUGAAAAAUGAAAUGGCUCUCCGCAAUAUCUUUGGUGGCUUCCCAACCUACAUGAGACCUCCAUACUCGAGAUGCUCCGACCACUCCGGUUGCGUCCAACAGAUGGAUGACCUAGGAUAUCAUGCUGCGUAUUUCGAUGUGGAUACGGAUGAUUAUAACAACGAUACCCCUUACCUCAUAAAACGCUCCAAGGACAUUUUCGAUGAUGCUCUUGCUUCUGCUAAACCCAACGGGGAACCUUUGUUGGUUAUAGCUCAUGACGUUCACGAGCAAACGGUCUACAAUCUUACUCCACACAUGUUGCAGGGAAUAUAUGCCGCAGGCUAUAAGCCAGUUACACUAGGCGAAUGCCUCGGAGAUGAUCCGGAGAACUGGUAUCGUUGGACUUAUCCAAGUGAUUCCCAAGGUCGUUGGGCAAAUCCAUCUAGCGGAGCAAUACCCAAAAACAACCAGACUAACCUGAUCCGAGGUCUCCCGCGGGGUGCAGCACACCUGCCCGGGCUCUAGAGCUAGCAGCUAUAUAUAUUGAGCUUUGACUGUCGGUUCCUUGAUGGCAAAUGUCUGUUGCUCCAGGGGCCGAAGAUUGAGUGAGAAUUGGUUCUGCGGCUCGUACCGGUUUGGUAUGAUAUGACACGGGUCAGAUUUCCUGUUUGUUUUUCUGUUUUUAUAUGCGUGUCUCGAUGUAUAUUCUGCGUUGUCAUGUUUCUCCAGCUUGCUCCUUUGCAUGUUGUCUUUAUAGCUUGCUCUACGACGUUCGCGGGAACGCUUUACUUCCGCUGAGCUCUCUAUUUGCGGCUAUGCAUGACUCUCAUUAUCGUUACACGAGGCGUUGCGGUCAGAAUUUUUCUCGGGAUCCGUGGAACCAUGUAUCCCUUCGCAAUGUCAUAGGUUUCUCUUUUAAUAUACCCAUCUGGUUACAUUAACUUCUUCGGCUCCUGGCAUGUUGCUCUUCAACGGACUAAGCGAACAUUAUUGCAACCCCCCUGUCCUCGCGGAUACUGUUGUCGUACCGUAAACUAUCGAUGCAGUAUGUUCUGUCUGACAGAACUGGUAACGUAUGCUUGCUCCAUUAUUCUGAGCGGUGAAACGUCUUCCAGGGCGGGUGUCAUCAUUACGGCUCAUAGGCACCUUGUAUAUACCGUCAUAGAGAAAAGGGAUGUUAUAAAAAGUAGCACAUCUCCAUCUCAGGCAUACGGAGUAUGAGAAGAGGGUUCGCAAGAGUAGUGACGUAAAGGAGCGGGAAAGCUUAAUAAUAAAUAAAUUCGCUUUAGCUAUAGGGUAUAAUGAUAUGAGCAAUAAUACAUCACGGUCAUGCGUCGAAGAGUAAAUCAAAGCUGAGGUUGGGAAGUAAAUAUAACUAUCAUCAUGGGAAAGGGGAUAAAAUACGUGGCAUAAUCUGGUCCCAGCCCACACUAGGGAGGAGAAAAACGCUGUGCAGGACGGGGAUGUGAGAGCACGCAAGUCCUGUUACUAAUACUGAUAACCCUUGCAGCCAGGCCGUGGCUCACUAAGAUGCUACUCCCAUUAAUAUCAGUAUUAUUUUUUUCUACUUCCUAACCACCUUCAACAGGGGUGCGAUCUUCGCCGUACGGCUCAAGCCCACCCGAUACGAUACCUUCUUGUUUACCGUGAUGGGACUGUGCUUGUCAGGGCCCCUCUGGGUUAUCAUAGGGGGCUUUGUGGGCGUUUCGACUGGUUCGGGUGCUGGGGUUGUUAUUAUUGAAGGUUGUGAUUGCGGUUGAGGAGAUUUGGAAUGGGGUGCAGAUGUAAGGGUGUCUGCACUAAUGGGUUUCUUUUGCUCUUCUUCGUUGAAUUGUGUUACCUGAUCUACUUCCGCUGCGGGUCCUAUAUCUGUCACGGUAUCCGGCUUGAAGUCCUUCUCUUCCAGGGCUUCUUUCAAUGCAGGGAUAUUCUGAUCUUGCUCUACAAGGGGUUGAAUCUCUUUCUUAUCAUCGGUGGAUGGUUCGGUUUCUGCGAUGGAGAUUGGCGGCUCCAUAGUUAGACUCUCCGACGUCUUCUUCCGCUUUCGACCGCGCUUCUUGGGCGCGGGAGCGGGAUCGGGCGCGGCAGUAUCAGUGGUAUGGCCCAAGGGUAAUGGUUGGACCUCGUCGAGUUCCACAUGGCUUUCGUCUUCUGUUUUCGCUUUAAGCGCAGUUACUUCCGGGGCACUCCCGGUGUUGUUGCUAAGCGGCUCUCUGUCGCUUUCCUCGCGGCGUCUAGCUUUUCGGCCCUUUGGCGGUUGGGUUUCCUGACUCGUAUCCUUGAAUAUAACGUCUGCCGGCUUCUCAUCUACCCAUAUCACGUCAUCUUCAACAUCUGAUUCUACAGCCCUCUUCAACAUCACGGACGUAGUCUUUCCCCGCUUAACCUUCCUCUUCUUCGCCACUUUGAGUUGUCGCUUAGAUCCUUCAAGAGGGGUAUCCUGGGUAGUGGGAUUUAACAUAAACUCCUCUGGGUUGUUACUUAUCUCUGCAACAGUCGAGUCUCCGUCUUCGCGUGAUUGACAUGUUUGUGCGAUUGUGGAAUCUUCACGCGGGACCGCAACUUCAACGUGGGGAUUCUCGCUAUCACCAACCUCGUCAACCCCUAAACCGGUAUCAAUUACGAUGGCCU